UCAGAAUUCCCCAUAGGUGUUCAAUUUGGUUCAGAUCAGGAGACAUACUUGGCCACUGAAUUACUUUCACUCUAUUCUUCUUCAGAAAUGCAACAGUGGCCUUGUGUGUGUUUUGGAUCAUUGUCAUGUUGGAAAAGUGCACGACGACCAAGGGACACAAAGUAAUGGUAGCAUCUUCUCUUUCAAUAUUCACUCAUGCAGCCCCACCUGAAGGACAUUGCCACAGCCACGUUUAACUGUAGGGACCAUGCAUUUUUCUUUGUACUCCUCACCUUUGCGAUGCCAUACAGUUUUGAAGCAGCCAUCAGUUCCAAAAACAUUUAUCUUGGUUUUAUCACUUCAGAGUACAGAGUCCCAGUAGUCGUCUUCUUUUUUCAGCAUGGGCCCUGGCAAAUUCUAGGAUGGCUUUUUUGUGCAUGGGUUUUAGGAGAGGUUUCCUUCCUGGACAACACCCAUGCAUGCCAUUCCUCUGCAAAGUACGCCGUAUUGUGUCACAGGAAACAGUCACCCCAGUUUGGCUAUCUACUUCUUUAGCUAACUGCAGUGAACUUGCAUGGCGAAUUUCUUCAACCCUUCUCAUCA